ACUUCGAGGUUGACAGCAAGUCAGCACUUGCCAUCGAAGCUUCUAUCAGAAAAUUCUAAAUUCAGAUAUCUAAGAAAAUUCCAAAAAACCUCAGGAAUUCUAGUCAACUCUACUUGUGAUAACCCCAAUUGGAAAAAUUAACCCAAGAUAUAAUCUCAAAUAGCUAAAAGUGCUUACUAAAAUCCUCUAUUCAAGAAUUGCAUACAAUCUGUUUGGAGAAAAAACUGAUAACUUAGUCUAUUACAGAUGAUUCACAAGUCAUAAUUAGAUAAAGGGUUGUGAGUUUGUGACAAUUUUUGGUUUCUUGAUUAUGGGUAAAGGAGGAGGCUGUAUGCCAAGCAAGAAGAAGUUUCCUAUAAAUGAAUCAGCAGAGAGACCAGCAAGUCAAACUGAAGGAACUGAUGUUACAGGCUCAGAAACAGAGGGGUCCAAGAAAUUGAGAAUAUUUAUUGUGUUUUAUUCAAUGUAUGGACAUAUUGAAAGCUUGGCAAAGAGAAUGAAAAAAGGGGUUGAUGUGAUUGAAGGUGUUGAAGGGGUUCUUUAUAGAGUUCCUGAAACAUUGACAACAGAUGUUUUGGAAAAAAUGAAAGUCCCACAAAAAGAUGAUGAGAUUCCAGUAAUAUAUGUGGAUGAGCUAGUUGAGGCUGAUGGAUUCUUGUUUGGAUUUCCUACAAGAUAUGGAUGUAUGGCAGCUCAAAUGAAGGCAUUUUUCGACUCGACGGGGAAGUUGUGGAGAGCACAAAAACUUGCUGGAGUGCCUGCAGGUUUCUUUGUGAGUACUGGUACACAAGGAGGUGGCCAGGAGACCACUGCCUGGACAGCAAUUACUCAAUUAGCUCACCAUGGGAUGGUCUAUGUUCCAAUAGGAUACACAUUUGGAGCAGGGAUGUUUAGAAUGGAUUCAAUAAGAGGAGGUUCACCAUAUGGAGCUGGAACUUUCUCAGGAGAUGGUAGCAGGGAACCUAGUGAACAGGAGUUGGCGCUGGCCGAGCACCAGGGAAAGUACAUGGCAAUGACAGUUAGGAGAAUGGCUCAGCACCAUUCAUUACCACCAGAUAAUCACAGCUGCUGACGCUUUUAGAAACGGGAAAAGGUUGGAGUUGCUAGAGUCGAGGACAAAUACGAGACGAUUUGAUAACAACGAGGAUAUGAAUGGCUCCAAAGUAUAACAUAGGAGAUAAUUAAGAUAUUCCAUAUAGUAGAGGUGUUUUUUAUCCGUUUCCCUUUACAAACACCCUACAUGUAAUAUUUGUACAUUCUUUGAAAACACUUUCUACACUGUAUGUAUCAAAAUCUGUGUGUCUCUGGAAAGUCAUGUCGUUUCAUUUAUUUGUAUUUGAUCUUUAGAUCCUACGUGGGGGUGGAGAGGAUGAAAGUUGAUGUGCUAUAAAUACUGAAUUAUGGUUUCUGAUCCAUUUGUUGAUAUGUUUUUGCC